GCGGAGUGGAGGGGGGGUGCCCGAGCGACGUUCCUGCGCCGAAAAAAAACCCCUUUCCUUACCCUCCUCCGGUGUAAAGAUCGGGGCCUUUUUAACUCCGUCCUAGGCCGAGGAGACGCUCCGAAUCCGGGCGCAGCUCAGCCUGGAGCCCUAGAAUUUCCUGGUGGUGUCUCAUCCAAGCCUUAGCCAACCCAACCUGCCUUCAUUUAACUCAGGGAAUUUGAUUACUUGGAUAAUCCACCAAGAUGUCGGAAGAGGUCAUAGUCCCAAUUUAUUGUACCGGAGUCUCGGCUCAAGUCCAGAAGCAACGGGCCAAAGAGCUGGGUUUGGGGAAACAUGAGAACGCAGUCAAGCACUUGGGUCAGGAUUUCGAGAGGCUUCACAGCGAAUGCCUGCAGAACGGGAGCCUCUUCCGGGACGAAACCUUCCCUGCCACGGCCUCUUCGCUGGGGUUCAAGGAACUGGGGCCGAAUUCUUCGAAGACCUACGGAGUCAAGUGGAAACGCCCAACGGAAAUGUGCCGAAACCCACUUUUCAUUAUAGAUGGCGCCACACGGACCGAUGUCUGUCAAGGAGCUCUGGGAGACUGUUGGCUGUUAGCUGCCAUUGCGUCACUCACACUGAACGACCCCCUUCUCCAUCGCGUGGUCCCCCACGGACAAAGCUUUCAGAACGGGUAUGCUGGUAUCUUCCACUUCCAGAUCUGGCAGUUUGGGGAAUGGAUAGACGUGGUGGUGGACGAUUUGCUCCCGACAAAAGACGGCAAGCUGGUAUUCGUUCAUUCUGCCGAAGGGAACGAGUUCUGGAGCGCCCUGCUCGAAAAAGCUUAUGCCAAGUUGAAUGGCUGCUAUGAGGCCUUAUCUGGAGGAAGCACCUCUGAAGGGUUUGAGGACUUCACAGGCGGGGUGACCGAGUGGUAUGAUCUCCGGAAGCCUCCCAGUGAUCUCUUUCAGAUCAUUUUGAAAGCCCUGGAGAGAGGAUCCCUUAUGGGAUGCUCCAUUGACAUCACGAGUGCAUUUGACAUGGAAGCGGUCACUUUCAAGAAGCUGGUGAAGGGCCAUGCUUACUCGGUCACCGGAGGUGAGCAGAUCAACUUCCGAGGACAGCGCGUCAGCCUGAUCCGGAUACGAAACCCAUGGGGAGAGGUAGAAUGGACAGGAGCAUGGAGCGACAGUUCUGGAGAGUGGAAUGCGGUGGAGCCGGCUGUGGGGCAGCAGCUGAGAGUGAAAAUGGAGGAUGGGGAGUUUUGGAUGUCCUUCCAAGAUUUCCUCCGGGAGUUUUCCCGCCUCGAGAUCUGCAACCUCACCCCUGAUGCCCUGAAGGCUCGCAAAUUCCGAAAGUGGAACACCACGCUGUACGAUGGCACCUGGCGACGAGGGAGCACAGCUGGGGGCUGUAGGAAUUACCCAGCCACGUUCUGGAUUAACCCGCAGUUUAAAAUCCGCCUGAACGAGAUCGAUCACGAUGACGAAGACGGGCGGAGAGAACCCGGCUGCAGCUUCCUUUUGGCCCUGAUGCAGAAACACCGUCGCAAAGAGAGGCGGCUCGGGAAGGACAUGGAGACCAUCGGUUUUGCCGUCUACGAGGUGCCUCCGGAGUGCAAGGGGCAGCCGUCCGUCCAUCUGAAGCGGGAUUUCUUCCUCGCUAACUCUUCCCGGGCCAGGUCGGAGCAGUUCAUCAACCUGCGGGAAGUCAGCACUCGUUUUAGGCUUCCCCCGGGUGAAUAUAUCGUGGUCCCUUCGACUUUUGAGCCCAACAAGGAAGGAGACUUUGUACUUCGUGUGUUCUCAGAGAACAAAGCUGGGACAGUGGAGAUGGAUGAUCAGAUCCAAGCCAACCUUCCUGAUGAGAAAAUACUUUCAGAAAGUGAGAUCGAUGAAGGCUUUAAACAGCUGUUUAAGCAGCUGGCAGGAGCGGAUAUGGAGAUCAGCCCACGAGAACUGCAAACUAUCCUCAAUAGGAUCAUUGGAAAACAUAAAGACCUGCGCACGAAAGGAUUCAGCUUGGAAUCCUGCCGAAGUAUGGUGAACCUGAUGGAUAAAGACGGGAAUGGAAAACUCGGCUUGGUGGAAUUUAACGUCCUUUGGACUAAGAUUAAAAACUAUCUGGCAGUCUUCCGGAAGUUUGAUUUGGACAAGUCGGGAAGCAUGAGUUCCUAUGAAAUGCGAAUGGCUCUGGAAUCUGCAGGCUUCAAACUGAACAAGCGACUCUACGAGUUGAUCAUCACUCGCUACGCGGAGCCCGACCUGGCCCUAGAUUUCGACAACUUUGUCUGCUGCUUGGUGCGGCUGGAAACCAUGUUCCGAUUUUUCCAAGCCCUGGACACGGACAAAGAUGGGAUUGUCACAUUCGACUUGAUUAAGUGGAUACAACUGACCAUGUUUGCCUGAAAAAGAUACGGAUCACAUCCCGUGCAAUUCUUUGGACUUUUUCUUCUCGCUGGACAUUUUAUUUUGAAAGUGGAGGAGAACCUUACCUGCAAGUGCCUUGCGUUAACGCUUUUUGCGGCUUCUGUUCCAAGUAGAGGAAACAAACAUACACACAAACAUACACACUUCCAACUUUGCCGUUGUUUCAUUUCUGAUAUGGGCUCCUACCAAGUUCUAGGGAACCUGAAUGCAAAUUCGUUUCAAACUUCUGUUUUGAAGAACCCGUGUUGUGAGGCUGCUCAGGAAUCGCGCUACGGCUCUGCGAAAGCCACAAAAUGGCCUUGCCACACAACUGAACUGGAGUUUCUAGCAGCAUUCCCCAGGUUAACAAGAUUUUUGGGGUUACUGAUGGAUGACCCCAGCCUUGGCAAAAUAUAAAUACAGGUAGUCCUCAACUUAACAACAGUUCGUUUAGUGACCUUUCAAAGUUAUAGGCACUGAAAAAAGAAGAUUUAUGAUUUUUCACACUCAUGACUGUUGCAGAAUUACAGGUCAUGUGAUUUACAUUCGGAUGCUUGACAACUGACUCACAUUUGUGGCAGUCGCAGUGUCUCUUGGGGGGUCCUGUGAUCCGCUUUUGCGUCCUUCUGACAAGCCAAGUCAAUGGGGAAGCCGGAUUCAUUUAACAACCGUGCUACUGAUUUAACAACGGCAGUGGUUCACUUCUCAAAUGUGGCAAGAAGGGUCGUAAAAUGGGGCAAAACUAACUUAACGAAUGUCUCACUUACCAACCAUAAAUUGGGGGGGGUCUAUUGAGGUUGUAAGUCGAGGACUACCUGUACCUGGAAAACUGACCCUUUUUCGGGAACUGCAAAGUUAUAGGCAAAAAUAUAUAUUUAAUCUUGCUGAUGGCGAAUCAAGCAUUUAUAGUUGAGCGCUUCAAUCUGUGACUCCUUUUCAUUUUUUAAAAUACUUCCUCAACUUGCAACUGUUCAUUUAGUGACCAUUCAAAGUUACAACAGCACUGAAAAAAAAGACUUACCACUAGUCCUCGCACUUACAACCAUUCUCAUGGUCAUGUGAUCAAAAGUCAGGCACUUGGCUGUAUAUAUGAUGGUGGCAGCAUCUGGAGGCCAAAUGAUCGCCAUUUUGCGACCGUCCCAGCUGGCUUCCGACAAGCCAAGUCAACAGGGGAAGCUGGAUUCAUUUAACAACUGCCUGAUUCACUUAACAACUGAAGGGGUUCUCUUAACAGCGCUGGAAAAGAAGGUUGUAAAAUUGGGCGCGGCUCGCUUAACAACCCCCCCCCAGUUUAGCAAUGGGAACUCUACUCCCAAUUAUGGUCGUAAGCCAAGGACUAUCUGUAUUUACGGCUAAGAGAAUGGCAUGAUUACUGUGACCGACGAAAUGACCUACUUUGCAUUAUGUCCAUCCUUCAAAUUUAUCUUACAGGCCACCCCUUCUGUUUGCAAGGGGUGUUAAAACCAGGAAUUAUCUCCAUUCUUUGUCCCCUAUGGAGCAAGCAUAUGUUUUGCAUGUGUGUGUUUAUAUAUAAAUACACACACACACACACACACACACACACACACAUAUAUAUAUAUAUGUAAUUUCCCGGAAGCUUCUGGAAGCAUUUCAGGGCCUAAUCAACCUCCCUUCCAGGCCUUUGCGGGAAGAUUUGCCUUCCUGCCAAGGUGUGUUUGGGAAACCUAGUGCCUAAAGACUUCAGCUGUUACACACUCCUUGCCUGUCUAAUGCGCUUGCUGCCAAAUAUUUUUUUAAUGAGAGUUUGCGUUGUAGCCCCCUAUCCGGGGUUGUUAGUGGUACCCCAUUAUCGGAGAACCUCGAAAGCCUCAGGAAUCACUUCUUGGACACGGUCCCUUGUUCAGGAUUUGGUUUUUAACUUCUCUUAAAAAGUUCUCUGGUGCCACCAUUUAUGUUCUUAUGUGUGUUUUUGUAUGGUAGAGAUGGAUUUUACUUCCAUGCCAAAAUAAAAGAAACUGUGGUAAUGCUUAACACACCACUACA